CUCUAAAAGAGAUAUUCCAAUGCCAUUUAUAAGUACACAGUAGAAAAACCAAGAGGGUUUUUCUUCCCCUACGUGAAAAGCUUUGAUUUGGAAGAUAGGGCAGGGCUCACUAAUAGAGCUCUCAGAGCGAGCUGUGAAGACGUCUUGCACAACAGCCUGAAUUCCAUGGCCGGUGAUGUCAUCUAUGCCCUAUAAAUGCACGGAGGCUUCAGGUGCAUCUGAACAAUUUAUCUGCACCGAUACCCAGUGCUGCAAGCAUGGCUGUCUCCGUGCUUCGGCUGACAUUUGUCCUGGGACUGCUUGUUGUCUUAAUCCUGACUUGCCAUGCCGACGCUCCGGGUGGAAAUGCGGCUGAGAAGCCGGAGGACGGACCGGAGGAGUCGGGCCGCAAGCUGCAGAGGGAGUUCCCCAAGUUCCUGAACCUGCUGGGCACGGAGAUCAUCGAGAACGCGGUGGAGCUCAUCCUCCGCUCCAUGACCCGCAGCACGACACACCUACGGGGCUCCAGAAUAAUCCAAGGGCAGCCAAAUCCUGCUCUUCCAGUUCUUCUGCUUCCUAAAUCCUCCAGGACAGAGGCCUCCAAGGAACUGCAAGCAAGUUCUCAGGAUGCAGGCCCUGGCUCCAAACAAACACAGCCUUCUUUUGAACACCCUGGCUUUGCAUUUUUGCCUCUAGAAGUCAGAAUGAAUGUGUCCUCUUUGGGGUCACAUAUCCUAGUUAAUUGAGAAGAUAUUUGUUGCUGGUAAUAACUACCUGAGCAGGUCUGAAGUUUUUAAUGAUGCAAGAAAUAUAAAAUACAUAGCAAUUAUUAUUGGCCAGAAUAACCAAAGAAUGGUUCAAAACAGAGAAAUUAAAACCCAGAUAAAGUUAACAAAUCCAAAGUCACAGAAUCAGUAAAUGACAUAAAGCAGAUUUGAAAUUGGCUUCCAAGAAAAGGGUCUUAACCCCAAAAUAUUUAUGAAGGUCAGAGAUAAAGGUCACCUACGUCCUUUUUGGAACAUCUUUAAAAGUAUCUAAGUCUGCUCUCCUGGAGCAGGAAAUUAAAAACCAAUGAUCUUUUUAAUUACCAGGGUUACUGCUCCUCCUUAGUCCUUAUCAUUCUCAUAGAAUAACAGAGUGUUGAGGAUGGGAGUGUCCCAGAAAAGUCUAGUGUGGCCCUUUCAUUUGUUCUGAUACCUCAUUAUCCAGAGGUGGGCCCUCAGUGGCCACUGCUGCUGUGAAUAUACAUAUGUUCACCUAGUCACAGAGAAUCAGACCAUCGUAAAGCGUGACCCAGCUGGGCCAGAAGGACUCCCCCAGAACCUGUGAUGCAGACACUAAGAGAAGCCUGGACUCCUAGAGCAGGACGAGAAAUGCUACAAUGCUUCUGCUACUGAGUUCUCAAGAGCUGUCUGAGUCUUGUUCUCACCAAGCACUUUGACAGAAAGCAAUCCAGUGUAUUUUCAAUAAAUCCUUUGUUUGUCUCGCUUCCUAUUUUAAUAGCCAGAAUAGGUCUUCAUGCAACACAGAGAACUUUUGACAAUACAGAUGGCUAAUCAAAGACUGAACCCCUACUAAAUACUGAAAAAUACACUACUUUCUACAAUAACUUCAGACAACUCACCCUCUGCAUUUUCCAGCUUCUUUCCCCUGCUUUACUGAGAUAUAAUUAACAUAUAACAUUGUGUAAGUUUAAGGCAUAAACAUGAUUUUAUUUAUAUAUAUAUAUAAAUGAUUACCAUAGUAAAGUUAGUUAAUACAGCCUUCACUCAGCAUUUUUUUUGUAGUAAGAACUUAUGAGAUCUACCUUUCCAGCAACUUUUAAGUAUGCAAUGCAGUAUUGCUAGUAUAGUCAUUAUGAUGUACAUUAGAUCUCCAGAAUGUAUUGAUCUUGUAACUGGAAGUUUGUUACCUUUGACCACCUUCAUCUAUUUCCCUCACCAAUCCACUCUCUGCUUCUACAAAUUCCAUUGUUUUUAGAUUCCACAUACUAAUGAGAUCACAUAGUAUUGUCUAACUUACUCCUACAGUAUAAUAUUUUGAAGAUUCAUCCAUAUGGUUGCAAAAUGACAUGAUUUCCUUUUUCAAGGCUGGAUAAUAUUCCAUGGUGUCUAUACACACACACACACUCCAUCUUUUGUAUUCAUUCAUCUGUCAACAGACACUUAGGUUGUUUCCAUGUCUUGGCUACUGUAAAUAGUGCUGCUGUGAACAUGGGGGUGGGCCACCUCUUCAAGAUAGUGAUUUCAUUUCCUUUGGACAUAGACCCAGAGGUGGGCUUGCUGGAUCAUAUGAUAGCUUUUAACUUGUUGAAGAACCCCCAUAAUGGUUGUACCACUUUACAUCCCUACUAACAGUGGAGGAGCACUGUCUUCUCCACAUCCCCACCAAUAUUUGUCAUCUCUUAUCUUUUUUGAUGCUAACCAUUAUAACAGCUGUGAGGAGAUAUCUCAUUGUGAUUUUGACUUACGUUUCCCUGAUGAUUGGUGACGGGGAGCACUUCUUCAUACACCUGUUGGACACCUGCAUGUCAUCUUUGGGAAAAUGUCUACUCAGGUUCUUUGCCUACUUUUUAAUCAGAUUAUUUGUUUUACUUUGUAUUUUGCUAUUAAGCUGUAUGAUUUCCUUAUUUAUUUUAGAUAUUUACCCCUUUUCAGAUAUAUGGUUUACAAAUAUUUUCUCCCAUUCUGUAGGUUGGGAUCAUUUUGUUGAUAAUUUCAAGACUGUGCUAAUUUCAAAUAUCACACCACUUAACCAAAAAUAUCUAAGAUUUCUAUUCUAUUCAGCAUCUGACAGGCAGACUGCUUAUCUCCAACAAGUGUGUCCCUCCAAAUCCCUGCAGGUUCUGAGAGCCCAAUUUGUGCCUGGAAAAUAUAUUCACUUUAAGUACAAUAAUAAAUGUGCUACUUUUUUUGAGAAACAUG